CAGUUAUUCUACUUACCGCAAGUCUGCACAAAGUGUGAAUGUUUGAACGCUGACGAUGAGCGCGAACAAAUAUGCAAAUCUCCCCGACAUUGACACUGCACCAGAUGUCUACGAAACGGAAGACGUGUUUCCCUCAUCUGAGACCAACAGAGGAGAUUCUGAUUCUGACGAACCCUCAGGUCCGCGGGUACGCCCCCAGCGGGGUGCGGAUGUCUCGAAAGAAGAACUCGAUAACAGCAACUUGAUCAGCGCGGGAGAUGCGAGCAGACACUUUCGGAGAGCCGAACGACGUCGUGCGUUGAAUCACGCUUUGCAUACCCCCCAGUCACCGACAUCCUCCCCAUCACGUUCGCCAUCACCGAGUAGGCGACCUCUCCCUGCGCGCCUACGAGCACUACAAGCUGAGCUUGCUGCUUUGGAGGGUGAGGUUGCAGACCCGUCCAAUCCUGCCCUUAAAGCCGAGGGUGUCGAUGCUGGUGAGAUGAUAAGAGGAUUAGUAGACGUGCGCAGACGGUUAGAGAAAGUCAGAAUGGGGCGUGAGGGUAGAGGGAGAUUAGUUGGUGUUGUGCUUGGCGAUGGCGGCAGGGAAGACGAUGAAGAAGACGGAGUACCGGAAGUUCGGGGCGUCGCUGAAAUGGAUAAACGAGUCGGGGGAACUAGAGAAACUAGUGGGCUCUGUAUGUAUUUCUCGACGCCAAGGGGCAGGGCGCUAACCAGUUUUCAGUCUACGCCGAUUACUCCACCCCUUCUUCCCAUGCUCACGCGCUUGAACUCACAACUGAUGCUUUUGACUCAACCGCGGCAUAUCGACUCCAUUUCCCGUCGAUUGAAACUUCUGUUGUCCGACCUUGAGCGAGUAUCUACUGCGCAGGCGCAAAAGCGUCAAUCGCCUGGGAGUACAACAAUAAUUCCUGGUACUGCAACCCAGGAUGCACUCCUCCCGCUGUUAACACGUCUGGCUCCUUCACUUCCUCACAUCCCACAUAUAUUAACUCGUUUGCGUACCCUCUCUGCGCUGCAUGCUUCUGCGGGUGAGUUUCAAGCAACGAUGGUGGCGCUCGAAGAAGAGCAGCGCAAGACAAGGGACGCUCUGGAAGCUCUCAAAAUUGCCAUCGGAGACGUAGAGGUCAGCUUAGAAGCUAACAAGGGAACAGUCGCAGGAAAUGUGCAAGGUCUGGAGGACAGAGUAGAUAGAGUUUUGACUCGACUCGAGGAGCUCUCAAAGUAAGUAGCAGCAGGCAAUUAUAAUGAUACCAUUAAUGCGAUGAUGAUGAAUGCGAAUAAAAUACAAU